AAAAUAAAAAAAAAAACAUGAAACUUCGUCAUCAUUUUCGUGAUCUUCAAGAAUGGAGUGAUCAAGGUCUAACGAUCAAAAGUACUAGUUCAAAUUGUGCUGUUAAACUAUUCGAUUCUGCUUUGACUCAGUAUGUUGGAUGGUAUGAUGAUGACAUUGGUAUGGCUACAACUGUUGAAAAAAUGUUAAACGAAGAUCCGAAUUUCAUUCUUGGUCGAGCAUUAUCGAUUGGUCUUGAUCUUAUUGGAACCGGAACAAGUAUUCGUCGUGAUCCGAAACUAAAUGCCGAACUAAUAGAUUUGAAACAAUUGGCCGAAAAAUGUAAAUCUGCAAUAGAAUGGCGUGAAUAUGCUCAUGUCCAAGCACUUGAUUUACUUGCUAAUGGAAACAUGGCUGCAGCCAGUCAAAUUUGGGAACAAAUCCUUCAAAAAUAUCCAACCGAUAUGCUUGCAUUGAAAUUAGCUCAUGAUGUUUAUUUUUAUCUGGGAGACAAACGAAACAUUUUGGAUUCAAUUGAAAGAGUUUAUUCAAAAUGGGAAACAAAUCAAGAUCCACUUCAAGGAUACAUUCACGGUAUGUAUUCAUUUGGAUUGGAAGAACAUCGUCGUUAUAGUGAAGCUGAAAAGCAAGCAAAAUUAGGUUUACAAAAGAUUCCCCAAGAUGCUUGGGCAGUACAUGCUUUGGCUCAUGUUCAUGAGAUGCAAAAACGAACGGAUGAAGGAAUCACUGCCAUCUAUGAAACGGAAAAAGAUUGGAAAGAUUGUAAUUAUCUAGCAUGCCAUAAUUAUUGGCAUUGGUCAUUGUUCCAUAUUGAAUUAGAUCGGCCAGAAUCAGCAUCAUCGAUCUAUGAAUCACGAAUUGGACCACAAGCUAAAAAAUCUGGCAACAUGUUGGAUAUUGUCGAUGCUACUUCAUUGCUUUAUCGGUUGGAUUUAUUGUUUCCGAAAAAAUACAGCGGUAAUCAUUGGCAAUCAUUAUACAGUGUUUGCGAACCACAUUUUGAGGAUCAUAUUCUUGGCUUUAAUACUGUUCAUUUUACGAUGGCCUGUCUUGGAAAUGAUCGACUAGAAAAAGCCGAAGAAUUAUUGGAAGGAUUUCGAUUAAUUAAAUCUACCGGUAUCAUCAAAGAUCAUUGGAUCGAUAUUACUGAACAGGUUUUACAAUCAAUGAUUGAUUUUAAACGUGAAAAAUAUCAAUGUUCAUUAGAUCGAUUGAUGGCCAUCAAAAAUGAUUUGCUCAAAAUGGGUGGUAGCGAUGCUCAACGAGAUGUAUUCAAUCAAUUGAUGUUAGUGGCUGCUGUUCGUGCUGGCGCAAAUGAUGUUUGCCGAAAUUUAUUGAAUGAACGACAAUCACUCCGAGGUAAUGAUGUUGUUGUACGUGAAUUAAUCAAAGCUAUGGAAAAAUGUUAGACAUUGAAUAAUAAUAGACAAACAAACAAACAA